CAGGUGACCGACCGCGCAUGGCAUCUCCGCCUCCGCCGCCUGGCUCGCUGGCUAUGCCGAGCUGCACGUCCGUGUGCCAGGCCACCACCGCCGCAGUGCUCCGGGGGCUACCGGAGAGAACCGAGACGACGAUGACGGACCGUCGUUCAAGACGCUUCUUACGGUUAUCACACAGAUUGCUGUGAGACUGAGAAGAGUGGCACGAUCUUUUCUCUCUCUCUGUCUCUCGCUCUCCUUUUUUUUGUUUUGUUCGGGGAACCUCCAUCCUGGUGCUGAUGCAGCGGAGGAUGCUGACGGUGCUUUAACUGCGGGAUUGGAGGCCAGCUUCCGCGGAAGGGACUUCGACGCAGGCUCAUUGUUGAAAGAGUUUCCAUUUGUGCAACGUUGAGCCACCGACAGGAUGAUCGAGGAGGGCAGCAAGCGAGGCAAGGCCGCCGUGGAGAAGAGGCAGCUCUUCAUGGAAAUGAGAGCUCAAAACUUUGAUGUGAUCCGACUGUCGACGUACAGGACAGCGUGCAAGCUACGAUUCGUGCAGAAGCGGUGCAAUCUACACCUGGUGGACGUGUGGAACAUGAUCGAGGCCUUCCGAGACAACGGCCUCAACACGCUGGAGCACCACGCCGAGAUCAACGUGUCGCGGCUGGAGACCAUCCUGUCCUCCAUCUACUACCAGCUCAACAAGCGGCUGCCAACCACGCACCAGAUCAACGUGGAGCAGUCCAUCGGACUGCUGCUCAACUUCAUGGUGGCCACCUAUGACAGCGAGAGCCAUGGCAAGUUGACGGUGUUCUCCAUGAAAGCAAUGCUGGCAACCAUGUGUGGAGGCAAAAUUGUGGACAAGCUGCGCUAUAUUUUCUCCCAGAUGUCAGAUUCAAGUGGCGUGAUGGUGUUUGCCAAGUUUGACCAGUUCCUUCGCGAGGUGCUCAAGCUUCCCACGGCGGUGUUUGAGGGCCCCUCCUUUGGGUACACCGAGCACUCGCUCAGGACUUGCUUCCCCCAGCAGAAGAAGAUCACACUGAACACGUUUUUAGACGUCUUGAUGGCAGACCCUCCGCCGCAAUGCCUCGUUUGGCUACCGCUCAUGCACAGACUGGCUAACGUGGAAAACGUCUUCCAUCCGGUGGAGUGUUCGUAUUGCCGCAGCGAGAGCAUGAUGGGUUUCCGCUAUCGCUGCCAGCAGUGCCACGGAUACCAGCUGUGCCAGAGCUGCUUCUGGAGAGGCCACGCCAACGGACCGCACAGCAACCAGCACCAGAUGAAGGAGCACUCGUCCUGGAAGUCUCCCGCCAAGAAGCUGAGCCACGCCAUCAGCAAAUCACUGGGCUGCGUUCCCAUCGGCGAGCCACCGCAUCCCGUCUUCCCCGAGCAGGCUGAGAGACCCCAGGAGCCCGCUCACAACGUCGUUUUGGAGAGUCCCAGCCGUUUGGACGAGGAGCACCGCCUCAUCGCCCGCUACGCCGCGCGCCUGGCCGCUGAGGCGGGAAACUCCGCGCAACAAUGUCCUCCUUCCGACUUAACAUUCAACUUUGACGCCAACAAGCAGCAGAGGCAACUGAUUGCUGAGCUGGAGAACAAAAACAGGGAGAUCCUUCAAGAGAUCCAGAGGCUUCGUCUGGAGCAUGAGCAGGCGUCGCAGCCCACGCCGGAGAAGGCCCAGCAGAACCCCACGCUCCUGACAGAACUCAGGCUGCUCAGGCACAGGAAGGACGAGCUGGAGAGGCGCAUGUCGGCCUUGCAGGAGAGCCGGCGCGAGCUGAUGGUGCAGUUGGAGGGACUCAUGCGCCUUCUCAAGGACGAGGAACAGAAGCAGGCGUCGCAGUCGAGCGGCUCCCCGCACUCGUCGCCCAGCCACGGGGCAGGCUGCUCCAUGCCCAUGCCCAUACGCUCCACCUCGGCCGGCUCCACCCCGACGCACACGCCCCAGGACUGCAUGGCGGGCCUCGGGGGCGACGUGCUGGAUGCCUUUGCUCAGGGUGUACCUCGAAAUCUGCGGAACGACCUACUCGUGGCGGCCGACUCCAUCACCAACACGAUGUCGUCGCUGGUGAAAGAGCUCCACUCAGUGGACGACGGGGCGGAUGAGGAAGAGACGAACAUGAGAAACGGAGGCGAGAGAGGCACCAUGCGAGUACAGAAGCAGUGAAGCCAGAGCUGGUGCAUCGUCAAAUCGGGAACAAUCAACAACGAUGACACCUGCCGGGCAUUCGCACGUUAACUCGACUGCAUGCUGUCAUCCAAACAGGAGGCAAAAAAAAAAGUUUCUUGGCACCUUGCAGGAGUAGCAGGAGGUGUCAAAUUAGCCAGUGUGUUGUCCUGUAAGCUCAAACUCAUUCUGUACAUAUUGACCACGACAUGGCUCUCGUCCCACGUUGCUUUUUAGCGUUAGCAUUGGAUUUGUUUUUAAUUUAUUUUUGCAUGAAGUGACACUUGUGUCUGAUACUGCCGCGGCACUUUGUGGCUUUGCUACACUCGGAGGCCCAUUUAGAUUUUGGGUUGGUCG